AUGUCCAAUUUACACGGUCGCGAUGGCCCGGCAAGCGUUCAACCUCCACUGUCUCAGGCAGUUGGAUAUGUUAUCGUGGUUGUAAUCGGUUUGAUCAUAGCUCUUGUUAUGAUGUUUAUCACCAAAAUACUCAAGAAAACAACAGGAGAAGAUAAUAAAAAGACUGAAAUGUUUAUGACGGCCAACCGAACCGUUCGAACGGGUCUAACUGCAUCGGCUGUUAUUUCCUCCUGGCUUUGGUCUACAGCUUUACUCGGUUCAUCUUACGUUGGGUAUAGCUAUGGCGUUGCUGGUCCUUUCUGGUUUGCUGCUGGCUGUAGCCCCAUGAUCGUGUUCUUUGCGUUGCUGGGUAUAUCCUGCAAGCGAAAGAUCCCUGAGGCUCACACGUCUCUGGAGGUGGUGCGAAUCCGUUAUGGACGCACGGCUCAUAUUGUGUUUAUUAUCUUAUGCCUGAUCAACAACAUCUUUGCAUGCGCGAACAUGCUUCUGGGUGCUGCUGCUGUGAUCACCGCAAUGUCCGGAAUGCAUAUUAUUGCGGCAACGUUUUUGCUUCCGCUCGGAACGACGAUAUACACGUUUGUUGGAGGCAUCAAGGCAACUUUUCUGACCGAUUACUUCCAUACUGCAAUUAUUCUGAUCAUUGCAUGCUACUUCACUGCCAAGGCUUUCUCUGACGAUCAGAUUGGUUCUGUUGGGAACUUGUAUGAGCUUGUCAAGGCCGCUGCUGAGCGCAACCCCGUGUCUGGAAAUUACGCAGGGACCUACUUAACCAUGACAUCAAAGAGUGGAAUUCUUUUUGGAAUUUUACAUACCUUAGGCAAUUUUGGUCUCGUCAUUAUGGAUACGAGUUACUUUAUCAAGGCCUUCUCAGCCUCUCCAGCAGCAGUGGUCCCUGGGUACACAAUUGGUGGUAUCGCUUACUUCGCCAUUCCUUGGGGACUGGGAACCGUGAUGAGCUCUGUCGCUCUAGGACUUGAGAAUCAACCAAACUUCCCCACAUUCCCUCGACGAAUGACCUCGUCUGAAGUGAGCAACGGAUUGGUCCUUCCUUAUGCUGCAAUGACAAUUGCCGGCAAAGGUGGCGCGGCAGCAUCCCUCCUCAUUACUUUCAUGGCAUGCACAUCUACGCUCUCGGCUCAAGUCAUUGCCGUCAGCUCGAUUCUCAGCUUUGAUGUAUAUCGCGAAUACUUCAAGAAAUCAGCGACCGACCGAGACCUGAUUCGCUCUAGUCAUUUUGGUGUCAUCUUUUUCGCGGCCUUCUCUGCAGGUUUCAGUACUAUGCUUCAUUAUGUUGGCAUUGACCUUGGAUGGACUCUUUAUAUGCUUGGCGUUGUCACUUGCCCCGGCAUUUUCCCAAUGAUCUUUACAAUUCUUUGGCGUCAACAAAGCAAGGCAGCCGCUAUUAUAUCUCCGGUCCUGGGACUAGCAACUGGAUUAGCAGUUUGGCUGGGGACAGCCUCCCAUUUUGGCGGCGAAGUCUCAGUAGCAUCAACUGGCGAGGUUCUUCCUUGCAUGUAUGGCACAGUGGCAUCUUGCUUUUCACCAAUCAUUUACUCGGUUGUGAUUACACUCAUUAGGCCCCAGCACUACGAUUGGAAUGACUUCAAGAAAGAAAAACUGGCACUUGAGAAGCUGGAAAGUGAUUUGACUACAGCGCAUCACCAAGAGGCGCCCGAUGCAACCAGGGAGAAUAGUCUUGAAGACGGAGCUGGGUCAAGCUCAAAGCUCGAUGCCCAGGAACUUAAGAGGUGGGGCCGCAUUGCCGCAUUUUGGUCUAUCGCGACUUUCUUGGGUCAUUGGGUUAUAUGGCCAUUGCCCAUGUAUGGGUCUCAUUAUGUGUUCGGCAAAAAGUUCUUUAUUGCAUGGGUAGUUGUCGGUAUCAUUUGGCUAUGGGGUACAAUGCUGAUCGCCAUUUUGUACCCACUUGUGGAUGGUGGAAUUCAGCAGAUAACUGAGGUUUACCGUGGCUUGACAGGACAUAAGGAUAUUGCAGUGCAUGAAUCUCACGUUAAAGAUGCAGGGGAUGUUACUACAUCCCCGUAUUCUCCUUCGGCAGCGUCUGUCAGUGAUGAACCCCAGGAUAAGAAGGAGUCAACUUAG